UUCUUCUUGAUCAAAAGAUGGAGAACAAAAAGGGUGUGAUGUUGCAGAUUAUAUAUCUUCUUGGCUUCAGUGUCAUGUUUUAUUUAUCAGUAGCAGUUGCUGCGGAGACAGAUGAGGGCAAAAGUAGCAUCCAAACUUACAUUGUUUGGGUGAAAAGGCCAGUCCAGAACUUGUUUUUUGCAAAAUCUCAUGAAGAUUUAGAGAGCUGGUAUCAAACAUUUUUGCCGGACACUAUUGCAAACUCAAACGAGCUGACAAAGCCAAGAAUGGUUCAUACAUACCGCAAUGUGGCCACUGGAUUUGCAGCAAAACUGACGCCGGAGGAAGUAAAGGCAAUGGAACAGAAAGAAGGGUUUGUGUCUGCUCAUCCAGAGAGGAUUCUGCCUUUGCACACUACUCAUAGUCCUAACUUCUUGGGGUUGCAGCAAGGAUUGGGAGUCUGGAAAGGAGCAAAUUACGGUAAAGGUGUGAUAAUUGGAGUUUUGGAUACUGGGAUCGGACCAGAUCAUCCUUCAUUCAGUGAUGAAGGAGUACCGCCUCCAGCUAAAUGGAAAGGCAAGUGCGACUUCAAUGGAACAGUGUGCAAUAACAAGCUUAUUGGUGCAAGAAAUUUCCAAAGCGGAAAAACUACAGGAGGCCCUCCAGUUGAUGAUGACGGCCAUGGCACCCACGCAUCCAGCACAGCUGCAGGGAAUUUUGUGGAAGGCGCCAAUGCUUUUGGAAUGGCCAAUGGCACAGCGGCUGGCAUGGCACCUUAUGCUCAUUUGGCAAUGUACAAAAUCUGUUCUGAGGAUGGUUGUACAGAAGGUGACAUUGUAGCUGCUCUAGAUACUGCUGUUGAAGAUGGUGUGGACGUGCUCUCCCUUUCACUUGGUGGUCCUUCAUUUCCUUUCUAUGAAGAUGGAAUUGCAGUGGGUGCAUUCGGAGCAAUUCAAAAAGGAAUUUUUGUCAGUUGUUCAGCUGGAAAUUCUGGUCCUUCCUAUGAGUCUUUAUCCAAUGAGGCCCCAUGGAUUCUCACAGUAGGAGCAAGCACCAUUGACAGGAGCAUAAGAGCAACAGCCUUGCUUGGAGAUCAUGGAGAAUUUGACGGCGUAUCUUUGUUCCAGCCUAAAGAUUUUAAUUCAACAUUGUUACCUCUUGUUUAUCCUGGCGCAAAUGGCAACCCAUCAUCAGCUUUGUGCAGUCUGGGAUCCCUUGAAAAUCUUGAAGGUAAAUUAGUGGUGUGCGAAGGAGGAAGAGGAAGAGUUGCCAAGGGGGAAGAAGUGAAAAGAGCUGGUGGUGCUGCCU